ACACAAGAGGAAAAGCUGUGGCUGAUGAAUUACUGUUCUCCCCUAGCAGACUAAUCAAAUUGACACAGCAGCGCGACCUCUAGUGGCUGCUCACGGCUGCAUGUGACGCGCUCAGGAGGAGCCGUCAGCAGCCGCUCAGGGACAGGGCGCGGGGCGCUUGCGCACUGCUGUCUGGUGGUUGGGACAAGCUGCGCGUGUCGGGUUGCGGUUGCCUUGGCUGUAGCGCUUGGGGGGGGAGACAGCGAGAGAGAGAGAGAGAGAGAGAGAGAGAGAGAGAGUGUGUGUGUGUGUGUGAGAGACUGGCUGACUGAACGAGCAGGCUCGUAAGCGAAAGCGAAUGCACGGAGCUUUUAACCGGGAUUUAAAGGACAGAAUCUGAAGCCACUGAGCGCAAAAUUUUAAUAAAAACCCAAACAUUCCAAAACGUCGAAGACGCUAGGUCGCCUCGCAGGUUGUCAAAGAGAAAGUUAAAUUUGAAGAACCACCACCUAAAGUCCUGUUCAUAUCCGCUGGUAAGCACUUGUUAAACAAGGAUGGAAUGAAAAUUUGCAGAAAAGCAUUGAAGAAGAAUGGAAGGUUACCAAGCCAGUGAAAACUGAGAGCUGCAUAAAGUGUUGAAAAUCAUUUAUAGUGUAUGCAGAAGAAUCUGUGUCUUCUGCUAUGUUGGCUGUCUGGAACAGGAUUGAUGUCUUUCCGUGGUUACAUUAUAACCAGCUACCUUUCCUAUUUUUCAAAUUUGGAGGACAUUGGCAGGACAUUUAGCCAGAGAUGAGAAGCACUUUCUUGAUACAGUUAGCUAUUGUGAGCUUUUAUGGACUAUGACAAGUUAUCGCAUUAUUCAAAAUGACCUAAUGGUUGAAAUGGUAGGUCCGAUAUCAUUCGGAAGUGGAGGGAGUGCUGAACCAUCAGGUGGUGAUUACUGCGCACAUCCUUUUCGUGUACAAAAUGGAAAUGCAAUGCAUUUACUUCAGGAUCCUUGCCAACCACGAAUUAGUAGUUCCACUCCUAUUGUUCCUAAAAUGGGGGUGCGAGCCCGCAUUGCAGACUGGCCCCCCAGGAGAGAGCUUUCAAAAGAAUCUCUUUUGACUCCUCACCCUCGUGAAACUGAUCCUAGUUCAUUGCGCACCCAGGGCUUUCAAAAUGGGCAGCUUUAUCAUACCACUUCAAGCUAUCAACCUUCCCUAGGAGGAUUUAGAGGUUUUCAGAAGAUUGGAAGACGACGGUCUAAAGAUGUGGAAUUUCAAGAUGGCUGGCCCCGGUCCCCAGGGAAGACCUUCAUUCCCUUGCGUAACCGAAGUAACAGUGAGAUCACUCUGAGUGAAUGUGAAGUGGAGACUUUCGAUCCUCCUAGGGGCAUUAAACAUGGAUCUACGGGCAUGCCUCUUUUCAGGGAAUAUGGCAGCACAUCGUCUAUAGAUGUUCAAGGUAUUCCUGAGCAGAGCUUCUUUGAAAUGCUCAAUGAGUUCCGGCAGGAAAUGCCUGAUCAGAGGAGUGCUGCUCCUGAAAAAUUGAAUGAGUUACUACGUGCUGACGCUAGCCCUGAUUCCACUCUAAGCAGUAGGACACCUAAGAAUGACCUUAAAAACAGUCAGCUCCGAGAAGAUGGAAAAUCUUCACUAAAGACAGAGCGAACACGCAAAAAGAGUGGAAAAUCCGAUGGGAGUAGCAGUACAGAUUCCUCGAUUUUUCGUAAGUUGCGUAGCAGCAGGAGUGAAGUUGAUACACCUAGUAAGGGAGGCCACAUUGACCUGGAGGACAGCAGGCUACAGGAAUGCAUUGCAAAAUCAUGGUGUUGUCAGAAGAGCUUUGCACAUUAUGAUGUGCAGAGUAUCCUCUUUAAUCUUCAGGAGGUGGUGUCAAAUAGAAUCUGCGUGGCCCAGAGGAAGAAUACAACAACGGGUGCUUCAGCCGCUUCCGCUGUUUCAGUUACAGUUUCACAAACUCUUAGCCUGGGAAAUCUUGAACCUGCUUUUGCAAGCACUGAAGAUUUGAACUAUAAGGAGAACUUAGAGCCUGAUCUUGGAGAUAGCAACUGCAAUGACUUGUUGCUGAGCUGCCCACAUUUCAGAAAUGAAAUAGGUGGAACACCUGAGCGUAAUGUCAGCUUCCUGAAGUCAGCAGCUGGUUUUGCCAGUAAUAGUGAUGGUGGAGGUUUUAUGGAGACAAAUCUUAACAUACACUGCACAAAUGCCAGCAUCUCUGUUCUGGAAAUCACCAAAGACCUUCAGAACUGCCGAAUGGAGAGACUGAAGUACUAUGCUAUUGAGCAUGUUGAUCUGGGGGCAUUGUACUAUCACAAAUUCUUCCACAACAAAGAACAUUUCAAUUACUUUGGAGUAGAUGAAAGACUUGGUCCAAUAGCCGUAAGCAUCCGAAGAGAGAAACUAGAAGAUGGCAAGGACUACAAAGAACAGUACCAGUAUAGGAUUAUCUUCAGGACCAGUGAGCUAAUAACUCUUCGAGGCACAGUCUUGGAAGAUGCAGUUCCCUCCACUACAAAGCAUGGUACCCUUCGAGGUCUGCCAUUGAAAGAUGUGCUGGAGUACAUCAUUCCUGAACUGAGCACGCCCUGCUUACGGCUUGCCAUGAGCACUCCCAAGGUGACGGAGCAGUUGCUGAAGUUGGACGAGCAAGGGCUCAGCAAAAAACACAAAGUGGGCAUUCUCUUCUGCAAAGCAGACCAGUGCUCUGAAGAGGAAAUGUACAAUAACGAGGAGGCGAGCCCAGCCUUUGAAGACUUCCUGUCGCUUCUUGGGGAGAAAGUGUGCCUUAAAGGGUUCACAAAAUAUGCUGCUCAGCUGGAUACUAAGACGGAUUCAACUGGAACCCACUCUCUGUACACUACGUACCAAGACUAUGAGAUCAUGUUUCAUGUUUCCACCAUGCUACCCUACACACCUAAUAAUCGACAACAGCUGCUUCGUAAGAGACACAUUGGAAACGACAUUGUCACCAUCAUAUUCCAAGAGCCCGGCGCCCUGCCAUUUACGCCUCAGAGUAUUCGGUCACACUUCCAGCAUGUGUUUGUUAUUGUGCAUGUACACAACCCUGGCUCAGAAAAUGUAUGCUACAGUGUGGCAGUCACAAGGUCCAAGGAUGUACCUUCAUUUGGUCCUCCAAUUCCAAACGGGGCAGCAUUCCACAAUUCUAAUGUUUUUCGAGACUUCUUGUUGGCCAAAGUGAUCAAUGCAGAAAAUGCAGCUCACAAAUCAGACAAAUUCCAUACCAUGGCAACACGCACACGUCAGGAAUACUUGAAGGACCUAGCUGAGAACUGUGUAACCAACACGCCCAUUGACUCAUCGGGAAAAUUCAACCUCAUUUCCUUGGCCUCUAAAAAGAAAGAGAAAACACGUGCUCGUGAUGGAGCUGAGCUGGAAAGCCUUGGUGCUAUUGUUUGGCAUGUAUCUGCACAAGAUUUCAGUCAAGCAACAGAAAUCAAUUGUUUUUUGGGCAUCUCUGAUGAAUUUGUGGUACUUCUCGAUAUUGCCUCCAAGGAAGUUGUUUUUAACUGCUUCUGUGAAGAUGUAAUAGGUUGGACUCCUGAUCGCUUAUCUAUAAAGAUCUUCUAUGGUCGGGGAGACCAUAUCUUCAUUCGUGUACUGGAGGACAAUACAGCUGACAUCAGAGAGAUAAUUCAAAGAUUAAAGGUUAUGACCAAGGGAUGUGAAACAGUCGACAUGACACUGCGCCGUAAUGGCCUGGGACAGCUGGGAUUCCAUGUUAAGUUUGAUGGCACAGUCGCUGAAGUUGAGGAGUAUGGCUUUGCCUGGCAAGCAGGGUUGCGACAGGGCAGUCGACUAGUGGAGAUUUGCAAAGUGGCUGUAGUGACCCUGUCUCAUGAGCAAAUGAUUGACCUUCUAAGGACUUCUGUAACUGUCAAGGUUGUCAUUAUUCCACCUUACGAUGAUGGAGUUCCCCGCAGAGGCUGCACAGAAGAGUAUGAGAUGAGGACAGUUGACCAGAAGCCAGAGUCUGAUACCCUUCCUGCUGCAUACAGAGCACCUUAUCGGAGUAACUCAGCCUGGCAAUGGUCUUCACAAAAUGCAUCUCAACCCCAGAGGUGGAUGACGCCAGGCAUGAUCCAACAACCUGUUGCUUGGCCACAGAAACCUGUAGUGGCAGUACCGUAUAGAGAACCUCAGCCUCUACAGAACAAAAGACCUGUUAGUUUUCCAGAGACCCCCUACAACAAUGCUGCUCCUCGUGUUGUUGACAGAAUUCAGCCUUACAGGAACUCCUCAGGAAGCUUUUCAAGUCCUGGAACAGGUGCCAUAGGACCACUGCCACGCUACAAGCACUCCCAAGAUAGGUAUAACUCACAGCAAAGGGCCAUUCUAGGGUAUGAACAGCAUCUGAGCCAGGAUACAAUGUCCAGUGGGGAGUCCUCAUCCGGUUUUACCAGCCAAGAGAGCACAAUGGAGCGAGUUAAAUCAGAACCAAUGUGGCAUGUACCAACACAGUCAAGGAUGGUUGUGUCAGGGGGCUGUGUCCCAAAAAGAAGCAACAGACAAGAACUGCUCAGGAAGGAAUCUCCAAACAGACAUUCCAGGGGUGAAGUUCACUACUCCAGCCAUUCCAGCAGUAACACAUUGUCUAGUAAUGCAUCCAGCAGUCACAGUGAUGAGCGCUGGUUUGACUCCGUGGAAGCUGUAGAGGCUGAUCAGGACCCAAUGGGUAAAGGAGGAUCCAGUGAUAGUGGAAUUGAUGCUUCUACUUUGUACACACCUAGCCCUAAUUCCACUGCAGUAAAGCCAAGUCGUACUGCACCCCUUACUCUGACCCAGCGAGAUAAACCCCAGAAGACUAUCCAGGGUUCAGCUACCUACAGCGGCUUGCAGGAAUACACCAGCCGCACAGCUGAGAGAGACAGGAGGCGAGAGUCAUCCCCAGCAAUCAACAUCUCUAGUCAGGAGAAAGGAUACCGGACAAAAUCCUUUGGCAGCAUUGUCAACAGCAAUACUACUCCUGGAGCAAAUUCUGGCAACAGCGAUGUGUUCAGACAGACAAGAGCUGGGUAUACACCACAAGGCUACAAAACACCAGGGCACGAGAAACCUAAAUCUACAAAGGGGUCCCAACCUGGGUCACACCAGCUUUCUACCUCCGUACCCAAGUCCUUCUAUUCCAAGAGCAAACACCUUACUUCCUGGAAGAAAACUGAGGAAACCUCUACCCACCCUGGCACUUUCGCUGAGCAUAAGAAGCAGCCUGACAAUUCUAAAAAUGUCUUUGGACAACCUAGACUAAGAGCUUCCCUGAGAGAUCUGAGAUCACCCAGAAAAAGUUACAAAUCAACCAUUGAGGAUGACCUAAAGAAGUUAAUCAUCAUGGACAAAGAUUCAGAGCAAGAGAAGGAUGGGUCUCCAAGGAAAACAUUGCAAAGAACAUUUUCGGAUGAGAGCAUUUGUAGUGGUCGACGAGACUCAAGCUAUGCUAACAGCCAGCUCUAUGACACAGAUUUACAUAAUGAUCUCCUGUUUACCAGCACUUUGCCAACCCGCAAACAGUACCAGCCUCAGAGCAGCGCCAACCUGCCAGAGAAGAAGUCAAUGGUUUCUGCUUCUGAGCUGUCUUUAUCAGAAGCACGUGACAAGAACUCACUGAGAAGACUUGAUCCUGGAAUGAUGCCCUUGCCUGACACUACCUCAGGAUUAGAGUGGUCAAGUCUAGUUAGUGCUGCCAAGGCUUAUGAAGUGCAGAGAGCUGUAUCUCUCUUCUCUCUCAAUGACUCCACUGUGAGCCCGGACAUCAGACCAGUGCAGAGCCCAGGUCACACCCACACAGGCAAUGACAGACAAAAUACUCCAAGAACAACGCCCACUAUAAGUGAGGAAGUUCCCCCUGACCUUACUGGCAGAUUAUACCAUUUAGAGGUCAUGCUGAAGCAACUCCACAAUGACCUGGAGAAGGAAAAGAAAGACAAGGUUGCAUUGCUAGCUGAAGUAGCCUGUUUAAGAGAAAAUAACCACCGGCUUCAAGAGGAGUCUCUGACAGCUAGUGAGCAGCUAAAGAAGUUCAGCCAGAUUUUCUCCAACUCUGUAGAAAGGAAGUAGACAUGACCCAGAUUUGAACAGGUUCGAAUAUCUGGCCUAUUUCCAGAAAGGAAAUGUUCAUUGAAGAUACAUGUAAAAAGCUUGAAAUCAAACAUUUAAACCACUUUUUUGGUGCAGCUAAAUAAUAGAGUUUUUCCUUCCUGGAUUGAGUGAACUUUAUAUAAAGUAAUAGCUGAGUAACAGUUAUCAACAGAUUUCACUACAAACAGUGAUGUGAUGUGUCUGUGAUGUUCUCAAUAUUCCUCCAGGAAGGGAAAAAAAAAAGUCACUCCCAAGGACCGAUGAUGGAGCGCAAUAUGUAGGAAUAACCACACUGGAAAAGAAUCAGCUGGAGUACUCAAUACCAUUUGAUAUCUGAAGACAAAUUCAACCCAGACUUUUGAAACUCUGAGCCAGUUUGGUGAGAAUCAGACACCAAGACUAUUGUUAUUCUAUUAAAAAGCCCAGAGUUGGCUGUUUUUGUAUAUUUGAUCUGAAACACUAAUUGACCAGUCCAUCAUUCAGACUUCAAAAACUGGCGUUAUUUUGUUCAGAAUGGCUUCUUGUGAAGAGUGUCUUUGUGAUUUUGCAAUUUCAGACUUUGAAUAUGAAAAAAUAACUGGCAAGUUAAAGGAAAAAAUAUCAGAAAGAGUGACACUUAGAUUAUUAUCUUUUUUUGUUUAAAGCAGAAACAUUUAAAGACACUAGCUGGCAUCGAUUUUCUUUUGCUGUUGUUGUUGUUUCUCUUCUUGCCAAAGUAAUGAGGUACUACAUUCUUUAUAUGAGGCCUAAGAAUUCGGUCAACAGCCUUUUCACAAAAACAAUCACUUGAAGUUGUUCUGUGUGGCAAUUUUAUUUUGAUACAGCUAGUUUCUGAAACAGCACUUAAAUGUUGGGGUUUAAACAGAUUGCUUGUGAGGAUGACUUUUUUUAUUGUCUUCCCAGCAUUAAGGUAUAUUCAUAUAGCUGAUAAUUUUUGGGACCAUAUCUCAUUCUCAGGAGAAGAAUACAGCAAAGUAUACUUAGUUUUUGUUUUUUUUUGUUUUUUUCUUCUCUCAAGCUAUAUGUAAACUUUAUUCUUUGCCUUCCAUGCAGAUAGUAAAAGCCUUGAUUCAUUAGUCUUUUAGUUAAUUUAAAUUUAGGCUUUUAAAAUUAUUUAUUAUUUAAGAAAAUAGAACAGCCAUUGUGCUCAGGCAAAAGCAGUCUAGGUUUAUUUGUAACAGUCAGGGUAAACGCGCUAAAAAACAAAACACUGUGCCAGUUAGUGUGUUGGCAGACAGCACCACAUAAACACACCAGCUUUUCUCUUCACUUUGCACACAUUACAGCCGCCAUGCCUGUUUUCCAUUGACCAUCCAUCAGCGGAGAUUGACACUUAAAAAAUCUGAAAUAUUUAUUCAUAUGAAAUAUAAAAUAUGCUGCACAUAUUUGGAAUAGAUAGAUUUGAUCAAGCCUUGUUUAAAAAAAAAAAAACUUUCACUUUAGACAUAUAGAGUUACUAUGAAGUGCAUGCAUGUUUUAGAUGAGUGGGAUUACUCUUAUAGAAACCAUUAAAAUACGCUGAAAAAAUACUCCUCUUCACUAAGCAUAAAGUGCAACGUUUUAAUCUGCCGCUGCCUUUUAUAAGGCAAACUUUUGAUAGGAAAGCAGCUUAUUCCGAGUUGCUUGUCCACGGAUCAUUUAGAGCAGGGAUGUGCAAAGUCAUUCCUGGAGGGCCGCAGUGGCUGCAGGCUUUUGUUCCAGCCCAAUUGCUUAAUAAGAAGCACUAAUUGCUCUAGAAACACUUCUGCUUUAUUUUAGUUAUCUCCCUCGUUAAGAUUUUGAACCCUUAUUGCUUAUUUAAGUCUUAAACAGCUGCAUUCUUGGUUUUUAAUUGCUCCUUAUUAGCAAUAAGAUGCAAAUGACAAAAGAAACCAGCAGUUAUCCAUUUUGCUUGUUACCCUUUACGCCUGUGUGUAUUUAUC